AUUUGGAGAAAUGAUAGUAGCUUUAAAAUGCUUAGAUAAUUCUCAUAAUAAGUUCGAAGAAUUUUUACAAGAGCAGCUUAUUCAUAAAUGUUGGGAUAUUAUACCAAUGAAUAGACCAAGUGCAAGUACAUUAACAGAAAUAUUUAGUAACUGGAUGGUGGAAGUUGAUGAUCCAAAUUCGGAAUUAUAUAUUCAGAUUAAAAAAUCUGAAGAACUUAAAACUAGAGAUAUUGCCUUUUUACAAUAUACAUUUAAAAUGCAAUCCGAAGCAUGCUAUACAAGUAGAUUAUACAACCUUUCAAAUUUACCAAAACUUGAUAGUUUAA